CCUAGGCGCCGGUUGCUGGAGUGGAGCAAGCGAGCGAUGCUGCGGCCGCCGCUUCCUGAUUGGCUGCCGGCGGCUAACUCUUCGUUCUGAUUGGCAGCUGGUGAAUUGGACGAUGCUGAGCAAGGGCUUGAAGCGCAAGCGGGAGGAGGAGGAGGAGAAGGAAACCCUGGCAGUCGAUGCCUGGUGGCUGGAUCCUGGUCACCCAGACGUAGCACAGGCACCCCCCACCGUGGCCUCCAGCUCCCUCUUUGACCUCUCGGUGCUCAAACUCCACCACAGCCUGCGGCAGAGUGAGCCGGACCUGCGGCACCUGGUGCUAGUUGUGAACACGCUGCGACGCAUCCAGGCAUCCAUGGCGCCUGCGGCUGCCCUGCCACCUGUGCCCAGCCCACCUGUAGCCCCUGGAGUGGCCGACAGCCUGCUGGCCAGCUCAGACGCUGCCCUCUCAGCCUCUAUGGCCAGCCUUCUGGAGGACCUCAGCCACAUUGAGGGCCUGAGCCAAGCCCCCCAGCCCCUGGCCGAUGAGGGGCCACUAGGCCGCCCCACUGGGGGAGCCCCGCCCAGCCUGGGUGCCUUGGAUCUGCUGGGCCCAGCCACUGGCUGUCUGCUGGAUGAUGGACUCGAGGGCCUAUUUGAGGACAUCGACACCUCCAUGUACGACAGCGAACUCUGGGCACCAGCCUCUGAGGGCUUCAAACCUGGCCCUGUAGAGGGUGCAGGCAAGGAGGCGACUCCAGAGCUGGACGAGGCUGAGCUGGACUACCUCAUGGACGUGCUAGUGGGCAAACAGGCACUGGAGCGGCCGCCAGGGCCGGGGCGCUGACCCCCAGGGCUGGGAGGGUUAUAUUGUGGCUGAACUGAGCCUGGUGGCUGGACCAGCUCUCCUUGGACAGACACAGCUGGCUUCUCUGGUACAGACAGAGGGGCACGGGCCAGUUUGGAGAGACAAAAUCCAGUCCUGGACAACUUCACAUCCGUCCUCCCCUUUCAGGCAGGAGGGGGAGUCCAGGUUUGGCCCUAGUGAUGGGUUAACAGGGCCUGGUGGUUGGAAUGUGGGUGGACCAGGCCCAGUGCUGGACUGAAUCCCCUGGGGUCAUCGCCUGGGAUACUUCUUCCCUGAUGUGGGAAGAGACCCCAAUUAGUUUUUGAAAUUAAAACCAGCCCUGGGAAAUCUCAA